AUGUUCCAGCGGCAGCACCGCAGCCGGGUGACGGUGGCGCGCGGCUCCGCGCUGGAGAUGGAGAUCCGGCGGGGCCGCUUCCGCCUCAGCCUCCUGGGCGAGCCCGAGCAGGGCACAGACCUCCAGAAGAAGAUCGACCACGAGGUCCGCAUGCGGGACGGCGCCUGCAAGCUGCUGGCGGCGUGCACUCAGCGGCCGCAGGCGCUGGAGGUGACCAAGAGCCUGCUGGUCUGCAACAGCCGCAUCCUGGCCUACAUGGCGGAGCUGCAGCGCAUGAAGGAGGCGCAGGUGAUGCAGCACAUGGCCCGGCGUCCUUCCGAGGCUGGACCCACAGACAGUCGCUUACCCUGCAGGGGCCGAAUCUGUGUCUCAGAUCUGCGGAUCCCCCUGAUGUGGAAGGACACGGAAUAUUUCAAGAACAAGGGGGACCUGCAUCGCUGCGCGGUGUUCUGCCUGCUGCAGAUUGGCACGGAAAUCUACGACACGGAGAUGGUGCUGGCGGACCGGACGCUGGCCGACCUCUGCUUUGAGAACGCCGUGCUCUUCACCGAGGCCGGUCCAGACUUUGAGCUGAAAAUUGAGCUCUACAGCGCCGCCCUGGAGGGGGACUCUGCCCUGGGUGCCACCCCCAAGAAGCUGGCCAGCCGCCUGAGCAGCUCCCUGGGGCGGUCCUCGGGGAAGCAGAUGCGGGCUGCCCUGGAUGGGAGCGGCCCGGGCAGCAACGGGGGGUGCAGUCCACUGAUGCUGCCCCCGGCUGCCAGCACAACGGGGCCCAAAUACCAACUGCUGGCCUGUGCCCACCUUGGCCUGGCGCACGUCCAGGACGCCUUUCGCACCCAUGACCUCCUUGUCACUGGCAACGAGGAGAACUCCUUCUGGCUGCCCCUGUAUGGCAGCCUCUGCUGCCGCCUGGUGGCCCAGCCCAGCUGCAUGGUGGAGCAGGUGAUGGCCGGCUUCCUGAAAGUGCAGCAGGGGGAGCAGCUGGACUGGCCGAGGCUCUUCUGCGUCUUGCGUGGCACCAACCUUCUCUGCUACCGGCGCCCUCAGGAUGCCGAGGCCCAGGAAAAGGCUGCCUUCACCAUUGCCAUCAACAAGGAGACGCGCAUCCGGGCCAGUGAGAAGAGCCCCAGGGGCCCCGUCCGCUGCAUGUCGGUCACCAACCACUAUGGAGGCGAGGAAGUGACCCACAUGCUGCAGGCCGAGUCUCCCGCGGAGGCCCAGCGCUGGAUGGAGGUCUUCUGGCAGCACUUCUACGACAUGAGCCAGUGGAAGCACUGCUGCGAUGAAGUGAUGACGGUGGAGAUGCCGUCUCCACGCCGCCCUCCACUGCUGCUGCCCAAGCAGGGAUCCCUGUACCACGAGAUGGCUAUUGAGCCGGCCGAUGACAUCGAGGCAGUGACCGAGAUCCUGGCCCGGCGGGUGUCCAACCUGGGCGAGCCCGUGUGGCUCUCUCUCUUCGAGGACUCCUCACCCGGCAUCGCUUCCAACAGCAGCCACGGAUGCUCCAGCACUGACCCGUGCCCCCCGCAGCUCCCCUGGGGCCGUCCUCGCACUUUCUCGCUGGAUGCCAAGCUCAGCAGGCUGAAGGGGCGUGCAGGACGCCCACCACCUUCCCCUUUGCCCAAGGCCCCUGGCCCUUCCUGCUCCAGCUCGGGGUCCUCCAGCAGCUGCAGCUCAUCUCCGGACUCGGAGCGGACCCUGCAGACCCCCACCCGGCCCUGGUUUGACCCUCGCUUGUGGCUGCAGUCCCAGGUCUGA